AUGUCUAGCGAUUUUGUGCAGUUUGUCGAGGAGAGCAACAGUAACACCUCGAAUCCUAACACGGUUGAAAGAAUGCUGAUGACCGUCCUGAAAUUUGGGAUAUCUUCUUGCAAAACGCCUGUUGCAUCGGGAGUGUUCCGAUUGCAAUUUCCAAACAUAAAGGUGCUCUGCGAGACGGAGUUCAUGGACGGUGGCUGGUUGGUGAUCCAGCAACGAGUAGAUAUUACAACUAGUUUCGAUCAUGGCUGGACCGAAUACCGAAACGGGUUUGGCGCCGUUGGAAAAAAUGAAGACUUUUGGCUCGGACUGGAAUCGAUUCAUCAGAUCACAACCAGUGGGCAGUAUGAGUUGGCAGUGGAAUUUAAGGACAAGUCUAAAAAGUACGGAUAUGCGCGAGUACCUACUACUCUCGGGCAGACGCGGAAUGCCCCGAAUAACAACAUCCCUACACCGAGGGAGAUGCAUUUCCAGACAAGUCGAGCGUGCCAGGAUCAAAGGACUGCCCUGUGGGACGAGACCAAGCUGCUAAUGACCAGCAACAGCUGCUGCUCAUAA